AUGUGGGAUGGAGGCCCGCCCGCCAGGGACCAGCCUGCUCCAGGCCCCUCUGGGGCCCCUGGUGGGCAAGCCUCACCUCGCCUGACCCUGGGCCCCAUCCUCCUGCCACCAGAGCAGAGCUCGGCCCCUGCUGUGUUCUUGAAGGCCCUGCCCAUCCCCCUGUAUCACAUGGUGCCUCCGCGCGCCCUGCACUCUCGUGCUGCCCUCGUGCCCAGCAGCCUGGACGGGGCCAGCCUGCCCUUAAUCCUCAGUCCCCUGCCACAGCCUGAAGGGUCCGGGUCUGCUCCGGUGGGGAAGCCACCGGCCCAGAUGCUCACCUUGAACCUGGUCGGUGCUCUGCCCCUGCUGUCGCCGGGCCUGGGAGCCCCGCUGGGCAGCCCCAGCAAGGUGCGCAGUGCUGGCCGGUACCUGUGUCCGCACUGCGGCCGAGACUGCCUGAAGCCCAGCGUGUUGGAGAAGCACAUCCGCUCGCACACGGGCGAACGGCCCUUCCCCUGCUCCACCUGUGGCAUCGCCUUCAAGACGCAGAGCAACCUGUACAAGCACAGACGCACCCAGACGCACCUCAGCAACUCACGCCGCUGCUCUGGGCCUGAUGGGGGUGGCGGCCCCCCAGACGAGGGGGCCGGGGCUGGAGGGGGCCCCAGAGUGGACGGCAGCGGGGACGGUUGCAGCCAGACUGAGGGCACUGGGGCAGCCGAGAGACCCCCUUCUCGGGGGCCUUGCCUGCUGUCCGCUGCCCAGCUGGCCCUGGUGGCUGAGAGCCUGGACACACAGCCGGAAGCUGCUCCCUGUGCAGGAUCCACGUUUGCUGACGGGGAGGGCCCUUUGGACUCCAUCGGGCUGCAGCCGCCGUGGAAGCUGCCAGAGCAGAAGUCUCCCGCGGCCAGCAAGCUGUGUCCGCUGCAGCGGCAACAGGCCACGUCCUGGGAGAAGGCCUGGGAUGCCAAGGGCUCGGAGGGCCGGCUGCGCAAGUGCGAGAGCUCCGACUCGGGCUACCUGUCCCGCUCGGACAGUGCCGAGCAGCCGCUGGUGCCCGCCAGCCCCCUGCACAGCCAGCCAGAGCCCAGCGCCGAGGGGGGCCCAGAGCUGGAGAAGAAGCGACUGGAGGAGCACAUAGCCCAGCUCAUCUCACACAACCAGGCCGUGGUGGACGACCCACAGCUGGACACCGUGCGGCCCCGCAAGACCGUGCUGUCCAAGCAGGGCAGCAUCGACCUGCCCAUGCCCUACACCUACAAAGACUCCUUCCACUUCGACAUGCGCGCACUAGAGCCCGGGCGCAGGCGGCCGGCCACCGUGGGCUCAGCCCGGUCCACCUGCACACCGCCAGACAAGGCACGGCCCCUGUCCUUCCACUCUGUCCCCACCCAGUUCUCCACCACUGUGGAUUGUGUGCCUGUCACCAGGAGCAACUCGCUGCCCUUCGUCGAGAGCUCCCGGACGUGGAGGGAGUGGGGACCAGACCCCCAGGAGGCCUGCCCUCGGAGGCAGAGGCCACUGAGCCCCAGGCUCGCCCCAGCCCACUUGGGCUGCAGCCUGGGGCCAGUCUUGUCUGCUGUUCCCAGCAGUCAUCCCCGGGCCCUGGUCCGACAGGCCGCUGUGGAGGACCUGCCCAGCACCCCUGUCGGGGAGAGACCGGUGCCCACAGAGGACCCCCAGAAGACCACUGCAGGGGAGGGGGCGGCCAGCAGGGGCAGGGUGUCUGGGAAGAGAGGUGGCCAGAGGAAGCUGAAGAUGUUCUCCCAGGAAAAGUGGCAGGUGUACGGGGAUGAGACUUUCAAGAGAAUCUACCAGAAAGGCAAAGCUAGCCCCCAUGGAGGGAAGAAGGUUGGGGAGGUGAGAGUGGACCCACUUCCCCAGGCAGAGGCCAUGCAGACAGGGGCCAUGAAGACACCUGUCUGUGUGGACACAAGGACCCCUGUCUCUGGGAAUGCAACAAGCCCCGUCUGCAGAGAUAUGAGGACCCCCAUCUCUGGGGACACAAAUACCCCCAUCUGUGGGGAUGCAACAAGCCUCAUUUGCAGGGAUGUGAGAACCCCCACCUGUGGGGACAUGAGUAUUCCCAUCAAUGGGGACGUUAGGACCCCCGUCUGUGGGGAUGUGAGGACCCCCAUCAGUGGGGAGGUUAGGAUCCCCGUCAGUGGGGACGUGAGGACUCCCAUCUGUGGGGAUGAGAGGACCCCUGUCUGUGGGGAUGUGAGGACCCCCGUCUGUGGGGAUGUGAGGGCCCCCGUCAGUGGGGAGGUUAGGACCCCUGUCUGUGGGGAGGUUAGGACCCCCGUCUGUGGGAAUGUGAGGACUUCCGUCUGUGGGGACGUGAGGACCCCUGUCUGUGGGGAUGUGAGGACCCCCGUCAGUGGGGACGUGAGGACCCCUGUCUGUGGGGAUGUGAGGACCCCCGUCAGUGGGGAGGCUAGGACCCCUGUCUGUGAGGAUGUUCUCCCUCCUGCGGGCAUGUCUUCCGGGUCUUUGCCAGGAUCCUGGGGAGGUCCAAUGGCCCCAGAGUUCUCCUUGUUGGCUGAGCCCCCCAAGAGCAGAUCAGGAAGCAGUGAUGAGCCUGGGCUGAAUGAGGUCAUGGCACCCCCAACCCUCAGCUGCCGAGACCCCCCCUGCUUGGGCCACAGGAGCCCUCCACAUCCUCCAAACAGGAGGCUUGAGCCAGGGGGUAAGCUGUCCCCAGGAGGUGAUCCUGGAGACCCCAAGCAGGAAAGAGUUGGCUGCAGUGACGUGGGAGAGGAGACCCACGCUUGGGCCCAGAGCACCCUGGGGCUGCCCAGCAGUGGUCCCAGUCACGGCCUGGCCAUGGGAGACAGGCUGCCCUCGGAGAGGAAGAAGGUGAAGGUGGAAGGCCUUGGGGGCCAGGGCCGGUCUGAGGCUGUAGGAGUGGGAAGCGAGAGAGGAGGGAGCCCUGAGGUGCCAGUGCAGGCUGCCUCCCUGCUGGCCUGGGCCUGGGACAGCGAGCCUUUGGAGAAGCCAACGGGGCUGCUCCUGAGUGCUGACUGCAAGAGGGGUGGGAAGGACCUGCACAGGGCGUCUGUUGGUGCCUCCUCAGCUUCUUCUCUGACUGUCCUGAGGCAGGCCGGGCCCAGGGCCAAGAAGCCCCCAAUGCAUCCUGCAGCCAUGUCCCCCAGGUAUUAUCCCCAAGUCCCAGAUGGGAGCAGCUCCCAGCUGGUAGCCUUGCCUUGGGCUCUAGAUAAUGCCUUCACCCCGAAGUACCUCCUUAGGCUACCUCAGGGAGACAGCUCCUCCGAGCUGCCAGUCCCAAGGAGGAGUGAGCAAGGUCAGGACUCUCUCUGCAGGAGAUGGUGGCCUGAGGAACGGGUUCCCUUUGUGAGGUCAGGGAGGGGGAUGCCUCUGUCCCCUGGGCCAGCCUCAGGCAGGACCCCAGGAGAGGCAGAUAGUAUCAACAAGGACCCCGACUGGUCCAGGGCACGGGAUGGGGUGGAAGGGACUCAGGUGGGAGAGGAGAGAGGGGACAAGUGGGACACGAGCACCCUGGGACCCCGGGGCCCAGCCUCUAUCCCACCCCCCACCACAUCUGGCCCCUGCUUGGCCUGGGCCAUGGAGCGUGAGGUCACCACAGUCCGCCCCCUCUGCUCAGGCAGCACAAUGGUGACGGGCAGGCCCCCUGGGGGUACCCCAAAUCCUGGGCCACCUGUCUGGGAGAAAGCCCCAGAAGACCCUCCCUCAGGUCCCUUCCUCUCAGCCAUCACACAGCCGCCAGCCUGGCCUGAGCCAACCUUGCCUCCCCACUCAGGGAACCCCAGGAGCUGUGGGACCAAGGGGCCCUUCCCCUCCUUGGGGUCGGAACUGCGGCUGACGUGGUGUUGCUUGAGCCGCAGCCUCCCCCUGCCUUCGGAGCAGAAGGGGACAGCCUCGUCUGUGUAUUCGUCUCUGCACCUCCCUGGGGCCGGCCCCCGGGAAGAAGGUCCGGAGGAAUGGCCCGUGACCAGCCGGGGAGACCUGAGGCCUGUGCAGAUGUCCAAGACAGGCACCCUGUCUGCGGAGAGAGAGCCCUUCGGGGUUGUCCCCAUCACAUAUGAUGCCAACAUGCCUGGUCUAAAUCCACGAGGGGAGCCGUCGGGAGCCACGUCAGAGCCAUCUCUUUGUCAGGAGAGCGUAGAGAAGCAUGAAGAAGCCUGUGGACGGAUCCCAGUAACCAUCCCUCCCAGUGCAGGUCCCCGGAGCAUCAGGGAGCAAGACGACGUGGCUGUGAAGGAUAUCUCCCCACCUGCCGGUGAACAUGGCAACUAUUUUCCCCGGAACACAGCCGCUGCAUCAGGACUGUCCCUACACUGCGACUCCUGGCCAGCAGUGGGUGAACACCACCUCCUGCCAGGUGCCAAAGGUCUGGAUGGUGGAUUGCCUGAGACUGAGCAGCUGCUCCCCCCAGAGCAUGUCUCAGUAGACCCCAAACUGGGCGUUCUCACAGAUGCUCAAAAGCCCUCUUCCUCUGACUCCAAAGGAACCUUUCCCCACCAUGAUGAUGCUACCUCUGUGGCCACCCUUUGUACUUCUCUAGGGGCCAGGGCAGGCCACACAGCCCUGGGAACUCCCAGUGCAGGGUCACAAGGCCACAGUGGGGCUACCGAGAUUUGGGCACCAAGCUCCCCCGACAGAAAAGCUAUGGCAGAAGGCACAUCACCAUCCCCCUUGCUGGAGAAACCUUCAUCUGGACAAAAACUUUCAGAUGCGGUCCCAUUAGGGCCAACCGAGAAGCCUCAUCUUGAAACAUCAGCUUCAGGACUAAGCUCUAAGAAUUCACACCAAGAGGAAGGGGCACACAAGGCGGUUUUUCCUUCCAGGGGCCAGUAUGAGUGUGGGGAGAUGGUCACCCCCCACUGCCCUGUGGGAAAUGGCAGUGAGAAAUGCCAAGUAGCUGAGUCCAUUGCUCAGAAGGAUUGUGUGGCUCCUUCCAGCCCAGGGCAGCACACGGACACCCCCGAAACUCCUUCUAGAACCGUCAAGAAGAGGAGUUUGGAAGGAGUGAGAAAGCAAACUCGAGUGGAAUUCAGCGACACCAGCAGUGAUGAUGAAGACCGACUAGUUAUAGAAAUAUGA